AUGGUCAGGCAGAUCCUACCCUCUGGCAAUGUCCUCGUGUGUCCGCUGUGGCCAAUGGAGCACUUCUCUGACCUGCAUCCCAAAGCAGUGGCUGAUUUGUUUCAGAUGACCCAGAGAGUCAGGACAGUGGUGGAGAGACAUUGCCAAGGGACCUCGCUUACCUUUCCAAUCAGGCGAGAUGGCCCCGAAGCUGGACAGACUGUGAAGCAUGUUGGUGCCCACGUUCUUCCCAGAAAGGCUGGAGACGUUCGCAGGCCUGACUACAUCUAUGAUAGGCUGGAGAAACAUGACAAAGAGGAAGAAGACACCCCAGCCUCUUGGAGGCCAGAGGAAGAAAUGGUGGCCGAAGCAGCUGUCCUCAGGGCCUGCUUUUCAUCUCGGUGCGCGCGGCAGCAGAGCGCUCUUGCGGCGGCAGCAGCCUGCGCUCGCCCCGCAGAGCCUCCUCCAGAGCCGGGAGCCGGCCCCUGCCGCCUUCGGGCCUUUGCACCGCCUGCCCUCCACCCGCAGCUUCUCUCCCGCAUCUUCACGGGGACGCUCGCUCGCUCGUGCUCCCCACUCGCCUAG